AUGCAGGCACAAGUACCUUUGUCACAUGGAACUCAUGAAAAUGGUGGGGAGCCAACACAACCCACGGUGAUGGAAGCAGAGACGCCCGAAAAGAUUUCAUAUUUGUUAUUUGUCCACAAAUGUUCCAUGAAACUGCGAAGAAGGGUUGGUUUUGUUUUUCGAAAUUUUGCCUAUGACUUAGCGGUCGAGGAAACUUAUAAAUAUCCAAUUUUGGGAUUGUUCAAAUUUUCUAUAUCACCAUCUCUAUGGUUCUAUAGUGUGAUUUUGGCAUUCUCAUACUUUUGCAUUUUUGUCAUGGUAGCUGCCUUAUAUUACCUGUUCAUUCUGCCAAUUCUUUUGACAUGGGCAGUCGCUGCGAUGGGACCCAUAGGAUUUAUUAUCGUCCAUAUCCAAUGGUUGUUACAGUCCAACGCUAUCGCGGUAGCGCUAACAAAAAUCUUGAUAUUUCCAGUGUUUUUUGCAAGUUUGUUUGACACAGUGCUUUUUAAGCUUGGCAAUGAGCAGUUUCUGAGAGAGGCUAAAUACUUGCCGCAAAUUACAUCAAAAAAGAUCAGCAAAACAUCACCCGAAUUUUGGUUUGGUGUUUUUCCUCUCAAGGUUAUUUCAGCGUCUUUCCAUUUUCUAGUAAAAGUAUUCUUUAUGGUCUUGUCGUUGAUUCCUAUCAUUGGACCCACUGCUGUUAACCAACUUAUGAGCCCCAAGAGAGGUUAUGCAUACGCAGACAGGUACUUCAAGCUGCGCAAAAAUACCGCAGAGGAAAAGAAUGAUGCAUUUUAUGAGCACCUUGGGAAGUUUACCGCUUUUGGGAUGAUGGCUGGUGCGCUGGAACUUGUACCUCUCGUCUCAUUAAUAACCAUUCCUAGUAAUAUUGUAGGCGGUGCAAUGUGGGUCUCCGAUGAGAUCCAGAAAAUCACUUGA